AUGCCUUAUCUCUGUGAUAACAAACCUCAUGCUAUUAUCAAAAGAAUGGUGAAAUGCAUAUCCAAAUCUGGCAGAAAUGUAACAUGUGAUAACUGGUUCACAUCAAUUCCACUUGCAGUUGACUUGUUGGAAAAUGACAAGCUGACAAUGGUUGGAAAAAUCCAAAAAAAUAAACGUGAAAUUCCUCCAUUUAUGACAGUAGCAAAAGAUCGUCCUCUGGAAUCCAGCAUUUUUGCAUUUAGGAAAAAUAUGACACUGGUUUCAUAUAAACCUAAGAAAGACAACGUUGUUCUAGUACUAUCUAGUUUACAUGAUGAUGACAGUCUUGAUAGUGAUUCGGAAAAGUGCAAGCCAGAAAUAAUAACAUUUUACAGCGAGACUAAAUCUGGUGUGGAAAAAGUUGAUGAGAUGAAAUGUACAUACUCUGUGACAAGAAUUACCAGAAGAUGGUCACUUAUAAUUAUUUCCUCUCUUCUAAAUAUUGCUGGAAUGAAUGGAUACAUAAUUUACAAGAGCAAUUCAGAUUCAACAAUUCCCAGAAAAGACUGUCUAAAAGUUCUUGUCAAAGAACUCUUCCAUGAUUAA